AUGGUCGCUAUAGCCCAGAACCGUCUCAAUGCCAGCACUACCGGUGGUUCGAGGCCGUCUGCCUACGAGUUGAUCUACGGCUGGCAAGCCAGUGUUCCCGUCGAGGGGCUGCUCGAUGUUCGUGACUCGGCGAGGCAGCGUUGGGAGGAAUUACGUCCCAAGUUCAUUCCAGCCGAUCCUAUCUUUCAAGGAGCGGUCGCCAGUGAAGCUGCCUUACGAUCUGAAAAACGUGCUUAUCAACUCUCUGUUUUCAGAGAGAUCUGGCUGGACAGGAGAGAACAAUCCUUCAGGACUGUUCAGAAGAGACUACGCGAGUCGAAGAAGCGUAGGUACGACUUGAAUGUCGAAGACCGUGUAUUGCUGACUAAACGUCGUAAGACCAAGUUGAGCCCGAUUGUGCAGGACGAGCCAUUCGUUGUAAAACGUCGUGUUGGCAACCAGACCUUUGCUCUUGUGCCAGAGAGCGAUCCUGGUGCUCCUGAAGUGGUCGCUCACCUACGCAACCUACGAAGAUAUCCCGGUACGAGUGAAGAAGUAGAGUCUCGUAUGCCUGGCGCAGCAGAUGCCUCCGCAGCCCUAUCACAGCCUCCAAGUCCUAAUCAGGAUCGAGUGGAAGAGGGGAGUGUUGAAUCCAACUCCCACUCUCAUGUGUUGAAGCCCCGCCGUGCUAUCCAUAAGGGUGAUCGUGAGCUCAAAUUUCUCUCGAAGAUUGAGGGUUCCGUUUCGAAAUAUGGACGCUCACGAAGGGGGGCGAAGUUGUAA